GCCACUGGUGAGACAUACGGACCCACUGCAGUCCUACACAGUCCAUGAGUAGUCCAUGCCGACGGCAGCCAGCGAUCUAAAUCGAGUGCGAGUCUCGCGGUGGCGCCGACGCUCUCAUGUCCGUCCUCUUCCACCACCUCCGCGUCCACCAGGUCUUCGGCGCGAACACAGACGUCGGCAAAACUCUCCUCACCGCUGCCCUCGCACGCGCCUCGUCACUCACUGGCAAGGCCGUCUACUAUCUCAAGCCCGUCAGCACUGGCCCGCUGCAAGAUGCGGACGAUGAGUACAUAAAGCGCUUUGCUGGGCCAAAGGCAUCCAGCAUCCAGAGCAGAUGCCUUUUUCGCUACUCCGACCCAGUCAGUCCGCACCUGGCAGCGCAGAGGGAACAUGGGGCGGAGGAGGCGCCGGUGAGUUCCGGGUCUUCAUGCUCUGCACAUAUUCUGACCGCGAGUGUGCCUAAGCUGUCUAUACCUUCAGACGGCACACUAGUGAAUGCAAUCAGGAGUCACAUCCGUGAUUGUGCGCGUGCGACGCGUGUACACGCUCACAUGUACGUCGAGACUGCAGGAGGCGUGCAUAGCCCCACACUCUCCGGAUCCACCCAGAUCGACGCGUACCGCCCGCUCUUUCUUCCCACAAUCCUCAUCGGCGACCACAAACUUGGAGGCAUUUCGGCGACCAUCAGCUCGUAUGAGUCUCUCCUGGUGCGAGGGUACAUCGUAGAUGCCGUCAUGGUCUUCCGCGAGGAGUAUUAUAGAAACUGGGAAUACCUGAGGUCUUAUUUCGCGGAACGGGAUAUUAACGUGGCCGUAGUGGAUCCUCCACCGUCCAAGCUCGAGAACCCCGCCCGGAACCUAUCCUCUACCGAUAAAUACUACCGGAACAUCGUCCCUGAAUCCCAGCAGGGCCCGGUUUUCGACUUGCUCAAUCACUUAGACAACCGUCACGCGACUCGCAUCGAGGAGCUGAGUACGAUGCCGCAGCGGACUCUGGACCAUAUCUGGUGGCCCUUCGUCCAGCAUGGCCUAGUGAGGGAGGAAAAGGACGUGAAUGUUAUUGACAGCGCCUCCGGUGACGAGUUCUCCAUCUUUAACGGACAUCGAGUUCAAACACCCGCGGACAGCACCAGCUCACUACUGGAACCUCAAUUCGACGGCUCGGCUUCUUGGUGGACCCAGGCUCUAGGACAUGCACAUCCAGCACUUACGAUGGCUGCAGCCCGCGCUGCAGGGCGUUACGGUCACGUCAUGUUCCCCCAAGGCUCGCAUCUCCCUGCGCUCCGGCUUGCGGAACGUCUGGUGAAGUCCGGUCCCGGCAAGGGCUGGGCGUCGCGAGCGUUCAUCUCGGACAACGGCUCCACAGGCAUGGAAGUUGCUCUGAAGAUGGCCUUGCGGGCGUUCUCCGUACGGGAGCGAGAACACUGGAGCAACAAGGAGUCGACCGGCGAGAAACCGAAGAACCUUGGCAUACUCGGCCUGAAAGGCAGCUACCAUGGAGAUACCAUCGGCGCAAUGGACGCCUGCGAAGAUUCUGGUGUCUACACUUGCGAGUGGCAUGACGCCAAGGGUUACUGGUUCGAUCCGCCGACCAUUGGUAUUCGCAAUGACAAAAUGGUAGUUUCGUUGCCACCAGCCAUCGCCGCGCUGACAGAAUCGGGAGAGGUGGAGAUCAAUGAGGGCCGUAUUCAGGAGAUCUACGAUGCAGAGAGCCGACUCGACUCGAACCUUGCCGACGUAUACCGCACUUUCAUCCAGGAUAUGCUCAUCAAGAUCACGUCUCAAGGCGACCUCAAGCUUGCAGCCUUGGUGCUCGAACCCGUCGUCAUGGGUGCGGGUGGCAUGAUCUUCGUCGACCCUCUCUUCCAGCGUGUUCUAGUAGACUCUGUACGCACCUCCCCCUGCUUCUCACGUACCGUCCGCAAGGAAGGCUCCUGGUCCGGGUUGCCCGUCAUCUUCGACGAAGUCUUUACCGGCCUGUACCGUCUCGGUAUGGAGAGCACGACCGAAGUGCUUGGCGUCAAGCCGGACAUCUCCGUAAACGCAAAGAUCCUCACGGGCGGCCUUGUUCCCCUUGCAGUAACGCUGACGAAUGAGUCCAUCUUCGCAGCGUUCUAUGGCGAAGAUAAGGCAAUCGCGCUCCUUCACGGACAUAGCUACACUGCAUACCCCGUCGGAUGUGAAGUCGCAAACGAGACCUUGAAGAUUAUCGAGAAAAUGGCACAGGGAGACGCGUGGGCGCAGGCAAAGGCAGCAUGGCAGGUAGGCGAGGACCAGCCGCCGAGAGUGUGGAGCUUCUGGGAUCCGGCGUUCAUUGGCGCACUCUCCAAGUGCGAGGCCGUCGGAGAGGUUAUGACGAUGGGCACGGUGCUGGCGUUGAAGAUUGCCGGGGACAGUCAAGGGUACCAGUCCCAUUCCGCUCAAAAACUCCUCGAGGGCUUGCGCGUCGCCGCCAAGGACGACGACGCGUCGUUUGGCAUCAAUUAUCGCACUCUGGGCAAUGUUGCGUACUUCAUGCUCAGCCUCAACACCCCGGCCGACAAAGUGCGCCACAUCGAAGACCGAAUUUGGCGGACGCUACGACCGGCUGAGGUGUAGAACAAAAAAGUAGCAACCUAAGGAUCUGCUUAUGUGAAGCAUGGCAUCAUUACGUGGGGGCACGAUACAAUAUUUGUAGAACUGGUUGGCUGAUAGUUGCAUGACAUCGUGAGCUUCAGUUGGACUCGCUUGAACUUCAAAACUUCGUCCCCACGAUCGCUUGCCACAGCGAGGGCUACCGUGCCAUUUGCCCUUGUUAGGACCUAAAGCCGUUGCCAAAUAAAGACAAACACGUCCCCGGUCUCGAUCGCGGUGGCCCGCCCAGCUUGGUUGCAUCCCCUGUAGAGUUUGUGACGCACUAAUUGUACAGAUUACUUGCGCAAUUGGUGGGCUCUACGGCGUGACACGAGUUAGAUUGUGGCAAAGGUUAUCGACGCGAGCAAUUAGCCAGCGAAGAAUACGGACCAGCGGGCUAUGUAUGCCCGCCUCGGGUUAAAGGAGGAUCAUUUCUGUGGCAAAGGUAAGCACA